CCGGCCAGGCUCGGCCGGGGCCGCCCGGGGGCGGGGCUGGCGGCGGAGAUCGGAGCGUGGCCCGGCCGCCAUGGCGCCCCCGUCGCGCAGGCUGCAGACGAAGCCGGUGAUCACCUGCCUCAAGAGCGUCCUGCUCACCUACAGCUUCGUGUUCUGGAUCUCUGGCAUUAUCCUCCUGGCAGUUGGCAUCUGGGGCAAAGUGGGCCUAGAGGUGUAUUUCUCCCUGUUAAAUGAAAAGGCCACCAAUGUCCCCUACGUACUCAUUGGCACAGGUACUGUUGUCAUCCUUCUGGGCACUUUUGGCUGUUUCGCCACCUGCCGUGGAAGCACAUGGAUGUUAAAACUGUAUGCCAUGUUCUUGUCCCUCAUCUUCUUGAUUGUGCUGGUGGCUGCUGUUGUAGGAUUUGUGUUCAGACAUGAGAUUAAGAACAACUUUCAGAGCAACUAUAGUCUUGCUCUGAGGAACUACAAUGCAACAAUAGAUCCCCACAGCGACGCGGUGGAUACUAUCCAGAGAACUUUACACUGCUGUGGAGUCCAGAACUAUUUUGACUGGGUGAACACUACCUACUUUGCACAGAAGGGAAUCCCUCUGAGCUGCUGCAAGUUCCAAAACUGCACAGAAAGUGAUCUGAAGGAGCUGGAUAAAGCCAAGGCUAUGGUGUAUGGCAAUGGUUGUUUCAGUCUGGUAACAACAGUUAUGGAGUCCAAAAUGGGCAUUGUGGCUGGUAUCUCCUUUGGCAUCGCUUGCUUCCAGUUGGUUGGGAUCUUUCUCGCCUGCUGCCUUUCCCGGUACAUCACAAACAAUCAGUACGAGAUGGUGUAACAAGCCAGCCUUUGACCAAGGAAAUUUCCUCUGAUCUCCCUCCUCUGGAGAGCACUUCAUGACUUCCAGUUUUCACCUGGUCCCAGCCUGCUGAAAUCAUGUUUGAACUGACUGAUCCUCUUCAGAAUCAGCGCACGGAAUAGAGUGUACCAGCUGUUCUGUCGCAGUCAGGGAAUUGUCAAAACACUACUCUUUUGUAACACUGAAUGGGGUAAUUAGUGUACCCAAGGUAGUUAUAAUAACUACAUUCCUCCAGGCCCCCACCUCCUCAGUUUGAUUGCACAAUGAAGUAGCAUGAUAUGACAGUACUCUUAUGUCAUUCUUAUACUUUCUGCUAGUUAUUUAACUGGAAUGCACCAUUAAUUUUGGAGGUGUAUAGUAUGCAUUAGGAACGAAGCACUCAUUGCUUUCUCUUCUGCCUUUGGCCAUUUAAAUUAUAUUAUUCACUUCACACUCUGUCAGUGAUCCAUUGAAACACCUAAUGUUGCAACUGGCUGGUCCUAUCAUGUUAUGCAGACACAUUGCCAUGUCUAUCUGAGGCUCUGUGUUCAAUAGCAUCUGUUUCCACGCUCUCUUCCCAAUCAAGGGUUUUAUAUCACUUUUUUUAUAAUUGUAUUUUUUAAAGGGCCUCGUUCCUCUCUCCUGAUCAGGUUGUAGUGAUUUUCAUAAGUUGUAGCAUGAGGUUCGGUGGUGUAGCUGUCUGUGUCGAUAGCUUUGUAGGUAUGCCUCCACCAAGUUGGGCAUGAUUUCAUCAUCAGUAUUAUGUUCUGCUUUAACUUGUUUUUUUGUAUUAAAUAGAAAUCCUCUUGUCUUGAAACACAAUAAAUAUUAAAUAUUUUACUCUAAAA